CACCACUUUGACCAUCGCCACCACUCUCCGAUGCGGCCAAGGUCAUUUUCCAAUGUUUGCCCGGGCCAUCAGUCCAACCCAAAUCCAAAUCAAAGUGUGGCUGCUCCGCAGAUUGAAUUGUUCAAACCGGCUUUACCACGACUACCGUCCUUGUCGCAGAUGCUACCGAGGGGUGCGUUCCCGUUGCUGGCCCAGACGUUGUCCGGUGGCGGGUAUUCUCGGCAGGGGGGAGGAGGAGGAGAGGGUGUGGAUGGCGGUGGUCAUCACCACAAACGGCGACGGACGUCGUAUGGUGCGUUCCCGAUGGAUGCGAGUGAUGGACGCGUUGGAUCUAGUGCUACAUGGACACUUUCUUCUGCUAGUAGUCGACGAGAUGCGGGAUCUGGAGUGGUGAUGGUAGAUGCGCUGAGUGCGAGUUUGCGUCCUACUGAAUUGACAAAUAAGAAUUCUCGACUGAAUUGUGCCAUGAUCCUACGAUUUGCAAAUUGGCUGGAUGCGUUGGAAAUUGGCCCAGGAACUGCGAGCGACGUGCACCCGUAUCCUACCGACUCCUUUAUAUCA